AUGGCAGAAGAAGGCAGUAACCCAACCCCUCAGGUGCAGAGGGUGAGUGACGCCUUCCUAGGGAGCCGAUACACAGCGGACUUCUUUGCAGCUUUGCGUCCUCCUAAACUGCAGUUGAAUGUUUCCAAGCAUACAUGGCAGCAGCAGCAGCAACAGCAGCAACAGCAACAGCAGCAACAACAGCAGCAGCAACCCGCUGAACUUGCUGCGCCCGAGUUGUUCCGUAGUCGCCGUUGGCUGGGCAACAAUGACCUCCGCUGGCAGCAGCAGCAAGUAACAGAGUUGCUGCUCGAGGAGCGCAUGCAUCUGCUGAGGGACAGUCAACUCAUGAGCCCCAGUUCUCUCCUCGCUGCCUACACCUAUGAACCCCACGCACCACCUCUGCCGCCGCAGCAUACAGCUGCUGCACAUGAACAAGCAUCAAACGCAACACACAAAGAUUCAGCAAAAGCAGCAGCAGCAGCUGGGACGGAAGAAGUGCCCGUAGCGUCCCCAGCGCGGGCUGCAACAGCAACAGCAGCAGCAGCAGCAGCAGAAACAGAGACAGCAGCAGCGCCUGCUGCCCCCAAAGAGGUGGUUGCAGAUACUCCACAGUCUGUCUCGAAGCACAACAAGGCCACCACUAAUUGUCUUGACAUCAGAGGCUGCAGCUAUGGUAGCAGCAGCUGCUGCUGCAGCAGCAGCAGCAGCAGCAGCAGCAGCAGAUGCUGCAACAAUGGCAGCUGCAGCAGCAGCAUUACAGAGCAGCAGAUCGACCAGAAGAGAGCGCGGCUGUUCUCUCGCCCGGAGGUUUUGACUGCACAGGUAAAUACAUAUUUGCUGCAGCAGCAGCAGCAGUAG